GCAAUGAAAAAAUAUUGUAUUUUGUAACGCGUAAUUAUUUUGUUAAUUGGUGUUGUUAAUCUAUCUGCAAUUAAGAAAAACCUUGGUACUGCUAAACUACAUUUUGGUGCAAAAAGUUCUUUUUAUUGCUUGAAAUUUUAAAAAACUUUUAAUAUGACGAUUUUAACAAAAUCUACAAUUGAAAAGAAACCUGAAAAGGUUGCAUUACCAUUAGUGUCCGAAGGAAACCUUGUCAUUCCCAGCGCACCCUUGACUGCAGGAUCAAUCUCUGAAGACAGUAAUGUCGACACAGAAUCAAUGAUCUUUUACCGCAGACGAAUGUCUGCUUCAACAACUAUAUUCCUAUUUCUCUCUGCAGUAGCAGUAAUGCUAAUGGGAAUUUUAGGUGGAGUUACCAUUUAUCGGCUGUACUCACCUUCACAAAAUCGUAUGCAUUUUCGUGGCAUGUGUGAUAUUCCAUACGAUAGUCAAAGUGUGAAUCAAGCUGCGUAUGUUAAUCCAGAAGAAGUGCAUGAUUUUCUACGUAGUGUAGAUAAUAUUAUGAAUGGACUUCGUAGUGAUUUAGCAGAAGGUUCAUUACCAUCAUACUUUCGAGAAGAAUACGAACUUGAUUUAUCGGAUGAUGAGAGCUAUGCUAAAAUAAAUGUUCCAGAUUUUCAAGAUGGGCGCAGCGGCAGAUUUAUGCAUGAUUUUAAAGUAAAUCAAUCCGCUAUCAUCGAUACCAGCAAAUUUCGUUGUUUUGUAAUGCCUUUAGACAGAGAAACAGUAUUACCCCCAAAAAAUUUUUAUGAUUUACUUCAAAAAAUGAGGCAGGGAUAUUAUAAUAUUGAUACUGAAAGAGUUCGACAGAAUUGGCGAGUGGUACUUCCAGAACUUAAUGAUACAUCGUCGCUAUCACCUAAAAUAGCACAAGAAUGUACUGGAAUGAAAACAUAUAUGUUAGAAAAAUAUGUAUCAGGAGUUUUUAAACGUUCUGCUGAACUACACGAUUCCGGGAAGUUUGCUGAAUUCGUUGGGAAAUAUAUAACUGAAUUUAAUCUCAUUAAUAUUAAUGAAGUUGAGGAUCUGGAGAACCAAGGCUCUAAUUGAACAAUUUUGUCGUUUCAAUGCAAGAAUAAAAAAGGUUCUUGUAAUUUUAUUGGACAAAUCUUUUAAUAUUAUAUUUUAUUUUUAUUCAUUAAAAAAUCAAUUGUUAGUUGGUGUGUUUCAAUGAAAACAUUGUGAUAUAAAAUAAUGUGUUUUGCUUUUUAUUUUAUUUACCUUUAAUUCUGCUGGUAAAGUAUGUAUUAUAAUUUUAAAUUUUGUUCAGUAUUGUAAUUGUACUUAAAAUAAAAAAUCCCAAAGACAAAUUUCAAAAUUAUAUUGUUAGAACAAAUUAGACUUAAUAAAAAAAAAUUAAUGUCUUAAAAUACU